GUCUAUGCGUCCGAUAUACCCAAUAUGAUUGGUUUAUAUACUUUUAGAUCCAACAAGAAACCAAAAGAAAAAACCAAUCACAUAGAUAUCGGACGUUGGAUAUCGGGUCCAGUGAGAAUCCCGCAUAACAUUUCGUUUUUUCAACACUCCGGUGUCUAGUCUGGUGUUGUUCGUGCGUUUGAUGUCUGAAUUCGUAAUCGGGAAGGCGAGUAACAGGCAACGGCGCGAAAAUGAAUGAAAAUCUUCUGAGACGGAUAAAGGGCCAACUGAACGCCAAGUUUUACACGAUGAACGACGCGUGGCUGAGAGACUGCGUCGAGUUUUUUAUCAGAGACAGGGUUCCUCGCGAGGUGACGGACAGGAGUAUCUUCGAGUUUGUGGAGGGCCAGUGGCAGCUGAGCGACCUGCGGGAGAUCAACAACACGAACGGAUGUCUGCCGAGGAAUCUGGCGCAGCAGACACGCACCAUACUGACCGGCACUUAUAUCCUCCAGGUAGACAAGAUGUAUGACAUAGCGAGCUCCAAGUACAAGCAGCUCUGCGAGAUUCGCAAGGUCGACGGUGAGAACUUGAAGGUGACGGACGAGGGAGAGAACUUGGCGGAGUGGCAGCCCAAGUGUAGAAGAAUGAUGCAGCUGUGCCUCACCGACGGCGUGCAGGAUGUCACCGCCAUCGAGUAUACGCCACUGAAACGAAUGACCGGCCCACUGCUUCCUGGCUACAAGGUGAUGAUAAUUGGUCCGAUUGUCUGCAGACGUGGUGUUAUUCUCCUAGAAGACGGCAAGUACAAGGAGGUUGGUGGGGAAGUGGAUUCUCUGUUGAAACCCAACGCGCCGGAGAACGUCCUGGCGAGAGCACUAGGACAACCGGAAAAUCCCGAUCCGUACAAUGAUAACGGACCAUCCAAGAUCACGAAUCAGAAUAUCCCGAGUGCCACAACGACUUCCAACGACAACGACAAUUUUUUCGACGAUGACUUCGAAGAAGCUGUUGACUUGGAAACAGUGGCAGCGAUCGAACGAGGACAGGCGACCGAAGCUGUUCAAGAACGCUCCGGAAGUACGCGCAAUCGCAGACAGACAGCUGGGAGAGAAACGAAUGAGAUUAUGGAAGAAACGCUGAGAGAUAUAAAUUAUGAACCUUUCGAUGAUUGGCCCAGUGACCCUCCAGCGAGGCCCUCGCGUAUAGAGACUGACGUGGACGAUGACAUAAUAUUAAUCGAAGAAGAAGCGUCAACUUCCACGCGCAAUUUCCACAGCAAACCACCGCCUCCCACGAGCGCUCCUAGGAACCAAAAUGUUUCGGACUUUCCUGAUGACGAUUUUGAUUUUGAUGAUUGCGACGUUAUAAUGAAAACAAAGGAACCGCAGAGACAACAAGGUAGAGAUCCUUUAAGGAAUAAAAUGGAAACGUGUCCGCCAGCAACGCUUACGACGAAUCGUAAUACUUUGAUGGAAGUGGAGAAAUGUACGUCCACGAGAGCUGCACAGAACGAGAAAUCAAUGGCGAGCACCUCAAAAGCAGUACAGCAAAUGUCAAAGACCAAAACUACUCUCAACUUUUCCGAACCCUCGCCGGCUCCUAAAUGCGAUGUCCUGCGUGAUGUGUUACGCGAACCCAUCACGGGAAAAAUGUAUAGAACAGUGAGAGGUCAAGUGAAGAGCCAUUCGACGCUAACGAAGCAGGGUACAUGCUGGUCGGUAGAGGCACUGAUCACAGAUCACACUUCCGACGUAGAAGUCUGUUUCGAUUCUGAGAUUCUGGAAAAAUUUCUUGGAUACACCGUGCAGGAAUUUUUGCAGAAAAAAAAACUUGCCAAAUCAGAUCCUCGAAUAAACAACGAACUACGAUUGAGCCUACGCAAGGCGCAACACGAGAUACAAAAUCUGGAUGCGUUGUUGAAACUAGAAUUGAUUCAAGAUCAAAUGCCUAAAGUCGUUAAUAUCACACAGUUGACUGAGCAACAAAAGAAGGCUCUUGCGAAGAGGCCUACAUGAAAGUGUAAAAUAUAUGGAUUGCAGGUGCUAUAAUAAUCGCAGAAAAUUUUAGUUAGAUAUACGUUUCAGGUAUUAAAUUACAGAAUAUUUCUUUAUAUAUAAUUUAUACCGUUUUUUAUGAAUAAACCAAUUCGACAAUUGGUAUAAAGUGAACGUACGAUGUUA